UUGUAAAAAUUUUAUCACAGCUUUAUUUGCUAAAUAAAGUAUUGUUCUAUGUUCUGGUCCCAUAAAUGUAAUAAAAAUGAAAAGAAUAUCUUUAAAAGACGGUUGUGAAGCAAUCAACAACAUAUUUGACAUACCCAGUAAAGUUAAAUAACUUGUGAUUAUCCAGUAGUUUGGAGUCCAAAUUGAUCAGCAAGGAUUACAAGAGUUGUACUUUUGUCCAGAAUAUUGUUCUUAGCACAUAGUGCGUAUUAUUUUCAAUUUUGAAAUGGACAAUUCUAAGAAGCAUGCAACCGCAGCACAGGUAGCCGCUUUGGUUGACUUUAUGCAGGAGCACUCGGACUUUGCCAAAGGUCUGAUUAAUUCUGGACUCGAAAAAGAAGAUUUAGAAGCUCAAUGGAAGGAACUUACGAAUACACUUAAUUCCAUGGGAGGAGCUGUGAAAUCUGUAGAGAAAUGGAAACAAACUUGGCGUGACUUAAAAUCAAAUAACAAGAAACGGGCAUUGAAACAACAUCAGUCUUGUGACACUAGUGUUGGACCCAGCACAGACAUGUCUCUAGAGAGUGACAUUUCAAUGAAUCAUUAUGGACCACCCAAGAAAAAAUUUGCAUCAUUCGAUGAAGAACUAAUAAGAAUUGAAAGAGAUAAAUUAGAGCUGGACAGAGAUUAUAAAGUGCAGAAAAUUGAAGUUCUAUCAAGGAUUGCAACAGCAUUAGAAGAAUUAGCUAAGAAGAAAUCGGGCUCAUAGAGAUCUUCAUCUCUUGGUAUAAUGAAGUACAACACACAGCUCAAUUCCAAAAUAUUAAUUAUUUUCAUAAGAAAUUGUCUGUCUGUCCUGUCUUAGUAUUUAUAACAGACAAAAAUAUAAUUUGAGUUUGAAAUCUCAUGUUUAUUAAUUUUUUGAAGAGUUAAUAGUUUGGAAUUGUGAAAACUGACUUAUGAUUAAGUAUAAGUCCAUUGUAUAUUUGUUUUUGCACAAAUGGACAAGAGGUAAAGAAGGCUAAGUUGUAAUAUGAAUUUUAUUAUGAAGUCAGAUAUUAAGAGGUACCUAUGUAAAUUAAUUAAACCAUUAUUUAGUAAAUAUUUUCCUGACUAUUGGUUUAAUACUUGACUUGCUCAAAAGCUUGUAAGCUUUUAGCUCUUUACUUACUUUUAUAAACAUAAAUGCUGCCAGACCUGUGCCUUUUCUGAAACAUAAUUUUAAUAUUUCAUUUACCGACAAUAUAGAAUUAGGUAUAUUUGUAUUUCCUCAGUCACAUACCCUCAGUGAUGUUAUGUUUUGACGAGUGUAUAAGGCCCUUAUCACAAAAUGAUACUCAACUCAAAGUCAAAACUCGAUUCGAUUGUUUAGUUAAUUAAGAUACAUUUAGAUUAGAUUUAAUAGAGUUUUGAAUUGUUUGAGUCGUUUCAUUAAUACGCGCCUAAGUUUUACUGUAAAUAGUGUAAUAUUAACCUUGUAUUGGGAAAUAGUUGUGGAUUUUUUAUUCGAUUUGGAUUUUUUGCAAAACCAUAAUCAAAUCGAGUUUUGAGCAAAGUGGCAGUUAAAACUCCUUGAUUCAUAUUAAGCGAGAAAGCAUCAUUUUGCCACAUUUUUUUAUUAAGAAUUGAAUAUCCUGAUUCGAAUAAAAAAUCGAGUGAUGAAUGUUAGAAAUAAUUGUUGUUGUUUAAUUCAAUAAAGUCAAGUUUUCUGUAUUUUUUUUUGCUGGAUGUAUAUUUUUCCCGUCUGGAUUAAUUUUUAUAACAGUAAAUGCUGUAUUGUCAAAACGUCAUACUUGCUAUAAUACUAAUUAUUUUCUGGUAAAUAAAGCUCUAUCCUAAAACCUGGAUGGCCAGGUCCAUCCAUCCUGGAGAGCGUGUAUAUUAUUUUCAAUAUAAACUGAAUUAUUUUAUUACAAAAUAGAUAUAAAAUAAAUAACAAGUAAUCCA